AUGGCCGAGCGCGGGGAACUCGACCUGACCGGCGCCAAGCAGAACACCGGCGUGUGGCUGGUCAAGGUUCCUAAAUAUUUGUCACAGCAGUGGGCUAAAGCCCCUGGAAGAGGUGAAGUUGGAAAACUGCGGAUUGCCAAGAAUCAAGGAAGGACUGAGGUGUCAUUUACUUUGAAUGAAGAUCUUGCAAAUAUUCAUGAUAUUGGUGGAAAACCAGCUUCAGUAAGUGCUCCUAGAGAACAUCCAUUUGUCUUGCAAAGUGUUGGAGGACAAACUUUAACAGUAUUUACUGAGAGCUCAUCAGAUAAGCUUUCAUUGGAAGGAAUAGUGGUACAAAGAGCUGAAUGCCGACCUGCUGCAAGUGAAAACUACAUGAGAUUAAAGAGAUUGCAAAUAGAAGAAUCUUCUAAACCUGUACGGCUAUCACAACAACUGGACAAAGUUGUGACAACCAAUUACAAACCUGUUGCCAAUCAUCAAUACAAUAUUGAAUAUGAAAGGAAAAAGAAAGAAGAUGGAAAACGAGCUCGAGCUGAUAAACAAUAUGUUUUAGACAUGCUAUUUUCGGCUUUUGAGAAACAUCAGUAUUAUAAUCUUAAGGACUUAGUGGACAUCACAAAACAGCCUGUGGUGUACCUGAAGGAAAUCUUAAAAGAAAUUGGUAUUCAGAAUGUGAAAGGGAUUCACAAAAACACAUGGGAGCUGAAGCCAGAGUAUAGGCAUUACCAAGGAGAAGAAAAGAGUGAUUAA